AAUAAUUAUUGGCCGUGUGCCCGUGUCCGGAAGCAGACCUAAUCAAGUGAAGUGACAGCCUACGAGUAGUCUAAGUCUCCUCUCUCUGUUUACAAAAAAAAGUCUCGUCUCUCUCUCUGCCAUUCUCAGAGCGGAAUAACCCGAAAUGCAGGAAAAGAUGGGAGACAUGGUGCACAGCGGUAACCCUUCUCCCCAAAACCCUAAAAAGGCUAAUCUGAUGGAUCCUCAUUCUAUCAAACAUCUUCUCGACGAAUCUGUCACGGAGCUCGUUACCGGUCGCGGAUAUGUGGAAGACGUGAGAAUGAGCAAUAUCAGAUUGUUCUUGGGAAUCAUCAUCAUUGUCAUUGCUCUCGUUGCUCAGUUCUACCCGAAGAAAUUCCCUCAAAACAGAGACUUUCUCAUUGGAUGCAUCAUAUUGUAUAUUGUCUUCAAUGGAUUGUUGCAGUUAAUCAUCUACACGAAGGAAAAGAAUGCGGUCCUUUUUACUUAUCCACUCCCUGGAUCCUUCAACAGCACUGGGCUUGUAGUCUCAUCUACAUUGCCAAGAUUUUCUGACAUGUACACAUUGACAAUAGCCAGCGCAGAUCCAAAAUCAAUUUCUGCAAAUAAACCAGUUCAUUUUACGAAGAGCGUUACACAAUGGUUUACCAAAGAUGGAAUUCUUGUUGAAGGUCUUUUCUGUAAAGAUGUUGAUGCGCUGAUCAACCAAUAUACUGGAGAGUCUAGGAAGAAGAACAAAUGAAUUGAUGCUGACCUUCUCUCAAUAGGGCAAGGAGAGGAUAUAGAAGCACUGCUAUUCAGAGAUUCCUAGGUUGUUUUGCUUAUGAGAAUAUGUCGUGUCACUGUUAGGUUUGAAUUGAUCAACCAAAAUUUACCGACUUAAGGAAACGGGUUCCAUGAUAUUGAACUACUCAUUUUCACCAGAAAAAAGAAAAUUAAAUAACCAAGCCUCUCCUUGUCUCAUUUAAUUGCUCAUUUGGGAGGGCUCAAGUUCGGCGGCUUCUGGCGUUCUGAGGUGGUUUCCACAUGGACAACCUAUGUAUAUGUUUGGAAGCUGCUUUGAAUGGGUUAUCAGAAGUGCUUUAGAACACGGGCGGGUUUGGUUGCGAUUUUGUUAAAAUUUCAAUAGGCCCAGUAUGUGGUGUAAAAUCUGUAAGCUUAGGUAGCGCAUUUGCACCCUAGAUUUUGAUCCAUUGUAUUGGGUUUAAUUCUGGUAUAUAACUAUAUACAGCAUAAACUACUAUUUAUUUA